UGGCACUAAAACUCGGAGGUUAUGGCUCGAUACGGAGCCAUUGCGAGGUUAUAGGGGCAAGUCGGGCUGCAGCGUUUCUUUCGAAGGAACGGCGGUCUAUAGGUACGAUUGACCGAGUAUAAUAGAGCAAAGUAAGAUAUUGUGUCCUUCGAAUUAUAACAUUUUGACGUCUCUUGGCCUCAUCUUGGUGUGGUCUUGAGGUCGUUUGAUUUGUUGGGCGAUGAAGUAGGGAAUAGGUACCUACUAAUGUUCAUGCAGCUGCUGUAGGAUAGGGAAAUGCUAGUUUGCCUUUGUGCAACGUGAGCACUACAUGUAUGCAGGAUAUUCGGGAGUACCCUUUUUUGAAAGGUACAAAGGGGGGGGGUUCAUUUGUAGUCAUUCGUACGUGUAUGGUCAGGAUGAUGGUAAGGGUGAUGUUGUUAGGUCUUGUUCCCCGCAUCGAUUCGGGCGGCCAGGAGGGUAAAAAGUUGAAAAGAUUGGUGGAAUUGGUGGAAUUGGUAGGAUCGAUAGUAGCCUACCUGGCGACCCUGGGUGCCUACCCGCUGGACUGAUCAAUAGGAAUAGCAGGUUACACUGCCUAGGUAUGCCUGGGCUAGAAACUCUACCUUCUAAGGUUAGGCUAGCUACCUAGGUCGCAACUAGGUACCCUAUCCGGGUGGGACGGCCCGUGGAACUAAUUUAGACUUGCCAAUCUAAAGAACCUACUAAGUAC